AUGCUGGUGCUGUCCGUUAUUGUUUCAAUUGCAGCUGUUGCAGCAAAGGAAGCAGCCAUGCCUGAAGGCCUCGGCAGUAAGAUUGAGGGAUUUGGGCCUACUGCGUUCGACAACUUAUUGAGUCCAAGCGUCCCUAUCUCCGACUUGACAGGAUACGUAGGCGACCACAACCACAAAAGAAGCCACGAGGGCUUUGGAAACCUCAGCCUUGUUGAGUUCAACAUGGAAGCCGAAGGCACUUCUGAUCGAAACGCACUUGUGGAUGUCGCGUGGAAACUCCUAGACUCAUCGCAUGCAUCAGUCAUGACACUACAAGCCAUCAGGAAGAGCGAGGUUGAUGCACUGGGCACAAAGGUGCUUGGACAUUACGGAAUCCUGAAUGCCGAUGAGGGAUCAAUCGACAUUAAGGAGGGCCCAACUGCAUAUCUUCCGAUAGUUUUUGACACACAGUAUGUUAAGCCAAGGGCGAAUGGAUACUACAGAAACCCGGAGCAGAGCAAGAUUAUCUAUGCAAGCUGGGCGGUGUUCGAGGAAAUCGCCACCAAAAAGUGGUUUACAGUGAUCAAUCUCGAUCUGUACAAUGCCUACGAAGAAAAGAUCGAAGUGGAGAUGGCAAACAUCCUCCGUGACAUCCGCCAAGACCUCACAAUCAGCACGAAGCCGGUGUUUUUCAUGGGAAGGAUCAAUGUUGUCUCCGACAGGCUCAAGAGGGUUAUUGAGGAGGGCUACACCAAUCCGCUCGACAAGGACAUAAAUGCCAAGAACGAGGAGCGAUUCACGAUGAAGAAUCGCUCUGACAUGAUAACAAACCAGCAAAGAGACUACAUACUUAUCAGUGAUAGGAACAAAAAUGUGAAGACGGUCAACUAUGCAAGGGUGCUAAGAGUAGGCAUUCCGGGACUUAACUAUCCAAUCCAUACGAUAGUGUCGCUGUAG